AUGAUUGCUCAAGGUGAUAAAUAUAUCGCUGAUCGUAUAAUGCGAUAUAGUGAAGGCUUGCGCGAGUCACAACAGUUUUGGAUGGCACGGUGUCAUGAACUAUCGGAUAUAAUUAAACAAAUAGGUUCUCGUCAGCUUUAUAAUAAAAAUGUAAUCGAUAAUCCUCAUAUUGCUGCUUGGUUUUUCAACAAGCACUUUGAAACAUUUUUUAAUGAUGUGCUAAAACAGCAAUGGGACCUGGAAGAUUGGUGGUACCAAUAUGAAUGGCAACAUCGUGGUAGUGAUGAUGAAAAUUUAAUGACUGAAGUAGUGCAGUAUAUUGAUGCUUCAGUAACUACUAUUAACCCAGACAUAAAUGCUCCAAUUCCGGAUCACCAUCCAUGCCAAAAGAGUUAUGAAGAGCUAAACGAUGACCUACAGGAUUAUAUAGAACUUAUUAAUAAAGUACAAAGACAUACACAUUGUAGUCCUUCUUACUGUCUUCGUGCAAACAGAAGACAACAAUCCUGUAGAUUUGGGUAUCCUAAGGAAAUUAUCGAUCAUACAAUUCUGCAUAAUGAUGGGCAUGGCAGACCAGAGGUUGUAAUGACAAGAAAUGACCCAUUAAUUAACCCUCAUAAUCGGCUUCAAUUACAGGGUUGGAUGGCAAACAUAGACAUCAAACCAAUUCUCAGCAUCCACGCAGCUUUACAAUACAUUUCAAAAUAUGCAAGUAAAGCAGAACCACAGUCUGCCUCUUUUUCGGAAAUAUUAAGUCAAAUUCUUCAAACCAAUAACCCUAAAAAUCCAGUGCUCUCAUCAGUUCAAAAGUUAUUACUACAUAUCAUUGCUGAAUGUGAUAUUUUAGCCCAGAAGACCUGUCAUAUUCUCUUAGUUUUAUAUAAUCAUUAUCAUGAAAAAAUUAAUGAAGACCUAGUCGACUUAUUUGGACUUCCUGUAAAUAAGCAAACUGAAACUACUGAUGAUGAAGAUGAUGGUGAAUUAAUUAAAGAGGAUAAACAAAAUGAAAGUCGGUUUGAUUGGAUGUUACUGGCAGAGAUGGGGCCAAAUUCAAUAAUAGAGGAUUCUUGCAACUUAGGAUCUCAUAACAUGGAUCUAAAUCAUAGAUGGGUUGAUGAUGCUAGGCAAUGCUAUUCUUAUACAGACCUUGUGAACAUCGACACUUUUAUACAUCAAGCUUCUAGCAACACUCAAAUAGAAGGGAAUGAAAUUUCAGAUACUGAUAGUAUAGAUCCUAACACCCUAAAUGAAAACCAGAUGAAAGUGUUUAAGCGAAUCAAGUCACAUCACAAUAGUGUGCUUGCAGAACAAAGGAAUAAACUCUUUGGUGAUAGGUCAAUCGUUCUGGUUGGUGAUUUUGGGCAACUUCCUCCUGUGCUAGACCUUCCAAUGUACACCAAUGUAAUGCGAGAUCAAAUAUCAAAUAACGGUCAUACUGCAUACAGACAAUUCAAGAAGGCAUAUAAGCUUGAUAUAAUUCAAUGGCAAGCUGAAAAUUCAGAAGAACAAAAAAGUUUCAGAAAUGAAAAAUUGAACAGGCCAGAACAUGAACAAUUUUCAUAUACUACCUAUAUUUUACCAAAGUGGUCUGAUGUAAAUAUCGUAAAUAUAGAUAAGCUUAGAUCUUUAAACAUUCCUGUGGCAAAACUUCUUGCUAUACACACUGGUAGUACAGAUGCAAAAAGUGCAGAUGCUGACACAGCACAUGCAAAUAUUUGGACAAAUGCUGGUCUUGUCAACAGCUCAUUGGGUACUAUCCAAGACAUUUUAUUUGAAGAUUAUGGACCUUCUUCCCUUCCUGUGGCAGUUUUUGUAGCAUUUGACAGUUACAAAGGUCCUACAAUUACUAACAUAGAAGGCAUAAAUGUAGUUCCAAUUAUGCCAAUUCGAUUGCAUAAAAGCCAGGGGCUCACUUUACCAAAAGCCUUUAUAGAUAUUGGAAAGAAAGAAUUUAUUGCUGGCCUUUCAUUUGUUGCAGUGUCUCAGGUUUGUGCACUUAAUGAUCUACUUUUCAGGCCAUUCAAUUUUGAUAGACUAUGCCAGAUUAAAGCUUGUAAAAGAGUCCAAGAGAGGAUAUGUGAAGAAGAGCUCCUUGUUUUCUUGAUACCUAAAAAUUAA